CGACGACGACGAAGAAGAAGUGGUUGAGGAAGCAGAAAACAGUGCCGAAAGCCAAAGUUGGACUGUUGCGGGCCAGUGCACUGAGCGUAGCUUUUUACCUUUUCAAUCUGUGAACCCUCGAAGUUUAUUGGGAAAUAUGGAGGAAUAUGGCGAAAGUGACAUUUUCCAGCAUUUACUUGGUAUGAAUUUAGUGCCAAGAAAAAAUGCAACUCACAGUUACAACGACACGUCUCUUGGUGAUUUCUCAGAAAUGUGGUACGGAGUUUUUCUCUGGGCAGCAGUCUCCUCUUUGAUCUUCCACCUGCCCGCAUCCCUACUAUCGUUCGUUGCACUACGGCAGCACAAAAUGGCCCGCUUGAUGCCCAUUGCCAUCCUCUUAAUGGGCAUCGUUGGGCCCGUGGCUGGAGGAGUCCUCACAAGUGCGGCCAUCGCAGGAGUUUACAAGGCAGCGGGGAAGAGGAUGAUCUCUCUGGAGGCUUUAGUUUUCGGCGUGGGACAGUCCUUCUUGAUUCUUGUUAUUUCCUUCCUUCGAGUGCUCGCCACCCUUUAGCGGCACGGAGGCGGCUGGCUCAGCCUCAGAGCUCGUCGCAACUUGCUGUGGCUCGGACAAAUUGAGACACGUCGGGGCUUGGAGGUGCUCUUCAGCUCAAGCCACGUCGAGCAAACUCAAGUGCAAAGAGUGAACUCUCAGGGCUGAAAUGCAGUAUCUGGUCUGACUACCCGUACUUUAGUUUGCAGGACAACAUUCGCCGAUGAGGAAAUUGUGUUUGACGUUACCCAAUAGCACGAACACGUUGACACAUCAUAUUGACCUUUUUUCGGAUAAUUCAGCAUUUAGAAGUCUCGAGAGUGAUUGCAAACCUUUUAUUCUCAACAGGUAUUGAUGUCGUUUGUGUAAAGAUCAAUCAUGUUAAGCAUGAGGGCAGCAGGCUGCUCUCUGUAGGCGGAAUUUAGUAAUAUUUUGGAUCUUGAGACUUUUUCAUUCUCACAGUUCUCGUGUGCGUGAUAAUUUUCCUUUUGUCCCGAGUGUUUUUGUUUUGUUUUAGUUUGAUAUUGUUGAAAAAAAUGCCUGGAGGACCGUCAGUUCAAUUCGAUCUCAAAGGCAACAGUUUUCAAAAUAAUAAA